CUCAAAGUGGCUGUGGUGCGUGUGUUUCGCGUUGAAUAAAACUGUAGGUACCUUCAAGGCAACUCUAAGCAGUUUUACCUGGUUGUAACUUAUAUCUCGUAUAAAUAUAUCUAAUCUAAGAAUCAUAUAUAUAAACGUUUACUUCUCGUCAUGACCGUGAAAUCUAAACAUUUUGUAAUUAUUGGAAAAUAGUAAAACGCGUUUUUUCCGCGCGGAGUGUGAUUGUUUAAUAUAAAUAAGGAAGUACUUUGGUGGAUCAAUAAUGAUGACACAAAAAUUUCCCUAUUGAACCAAAUGGUACCGAUAUUAAAACGCAAAAACUCAAAACUAACCAAUAAUGAAUACAACUCCGCAAAAACUUUUUUAUCGACCUGGGGUAAUAGAAGAACUAGAAGAGCUAAAAAGUCUCUACGAUGAACAAAACUUUAGGAAUAUUAACGAGAGUUUGCCCACAUUACCUCCGCUUCGUAAUGGACAGAACCUUCUAUCAAUUCCGAGUGCUCCCAACCUCAAUCGGAUCCAUACUUCGUCAAGUUUUCCCAAAUUAUCUAAUGCUACCAGCAUGGGCAGGAUAUCGACCGCGAAUAGUUCUUUAAUUUAUAUGCCUGGAUCAAUUCGAUAUGACAGCUCUAGACGCUCUUUUCGGCCAAAUGCCCUAAGAAAAAUGCGAAGACGAGCAGUAUUUAAAAACGGAGACUGUAAUAUCCUUCAAUCUAGAAUCUCGAGACGCCGAUUAAGAUACCUACAAGAUAUAUUCACCACUCUGGUCGAUUCGCAAUGGAGGUGGACGCUGACUAUUUUCGCCAUAGGAUUUUUAGGCUCGUGGUUGAUAUUUGCUCUCAUUUGGUGGCUGAUCGUCUUCACACACGGCGAUCUUGAAGAUGAUCAUUUACCAACACAACAGGGGAAUUCACUUUGGUCACCUUGUGUUCUUAAUAUUCAUGGUUUCACGUCGUGUUUCUUGUUUUCUAUUGAAACGCAACACACAAUUGGUUAUGGUGUCCGAACAACAACCGAAGAAUGUCCCGAAGCAAUAUUCGUCAUGUGUCUCCAAAGCAUAGCCGGAAUGAUAAUUCAGGCAUUCAUGGUAGGCAUAGUUUUCGCCAAAAUGACCCGUCCGAAGCUACGGACUCAAACCCUCCAAUUCUCCAAAAAUGCAGUGAUCUGCCAACGAGACGGGUGCCUCUGUCUCAUGUUCAGAGUCGGAGAUAUGAGAAAAAGCCACAUUAUAGGAGCCAGCAUACGAGCUCAGCUGAUCAGAUCCAAAACUACAAAAGAAGGAGAGAUACUUUGCAACUUCCAAACGGAGCUAAACGUCAACGCCGAUGGUUGCGAUGGAAAUCUCUUCUUUAUUUGGCCCAUGACAAUUGUUCAUAAGAUAGAUGAAGAGUCGCCGUUUUAUUUUCUAACUGCCAGCGACAUUCUUCAGGACAAAUUUGAAAUAGUAGUGAUUUUAGAAGGAACUAUCGAAAGUACUGGUCAAACGACGCAAGCUAGGUCUAGUUACUUAGCCGGUGAAGUAUUAUGGGGUCAUAGAUUUGAACCGGUCGUUUGUUAUAAUAAAGACAGACAAGGUUACGAGGUGAACUACUCGAAAUUCGAUAAUACGUUGGCUAUUGACACACCUUUAUGUUCCGGGGCCGAUCUUGCCGAAUUUUAUAAAAUGCAGCAAAUGUCGGAUAUGGACUUCAGAUACGUAUCACAAACCCGUCUUUCUCCGAAUAACACAUUCAUAAUUCAAAGUGCUCCAAUUUCACGCGUUCCAUCAAUGGAACCCCUCAUACAAAAGAAAGACCUCAACUCAUUACAAUCGAAGAAUUCAGCUAGUUAUCACGAAAUGUACCCACAAAUGGAAGAUGAACCGUUAAUUGAACCGUAUGUGAAAGAAAAAGAAAUAAAGAAAAAAAUAAGUACGGCGAGUAAAUUGCAUUAUGAUAUCCUAGAAGAAAAAGACGAAGAAGAAAAAGACGAAGAAGAAAAAGACGAAGAAGAACAAGCUGGUGAAAAUGAAAAACCAAAUUCCAUGAAUACUACUAAUAAUCAAAUGAAAAACGAAUCCUUAUUUGAACCACAUGUGAAGGAAGCAGAAAUUAAGAAAAAAAUAAGUAAUGUAAACAAAUUGCAGUAUGAUAUACUUGAAGAAAAGGACGAGGAAGAGCAAGAUAACAAAAAAUUAAUUUAGCUGUUUUAUUUAUUAAGAUAUUGUUAAUUUUUUAAAUGAAUUUAUUAAUGUUUUGAUAAGAUAUUAAAAAAACACUGUAAGUAAAUUACAGUAUGAUAUAUUCUAAAGAAAAGGACGAAUAAGAGCA